AUGAAAGUAGCCAACCAAGAAUCUGGCGCGAAGGGCAAAGAAGGAUCGCUCGGGCAGUCGCCAACAACCAUCAACGAGCGAAAGUUGAUGGCCAAGAUUGACUGGCAUGUCCUUCCAUGUUUGUGUGUCAUGUUUCUGCUGGCAUUCCUAGAUCGUAUUAACAUCGGCAAUGCGGUGGUUUUGGGUUUGAAGGAAGACUUGCACAUUCAAACAGGCACGAAAUACAACACUGCCUUGACCAUCUUCUUCGUGCCUUACAUUAUCUUUGAAAUUCCGUCGAAUAUCCUUCUGAAGAAAUUGAAGCCGCAUGUGUGGUUGCCAUUUUGCAUGUUCGGCUUUGGUCUGGUCACGGUCUGUCAAGGCCUUGUGUCAAACUGGGGCGGAUUAAUGACGACUCGCUGGUUCCUCGGCAUGCUUGAAUCGGGCUUGUCUCCUGGAUGCUACUACCUUAUUGGCAUGUGGUAUAAACGCAGCGAAGCGCAGAAGCGAUUUAGCUUGUUCUUCAACUCAUCAACUAUCGCCGGUGCGUUUGGCGGGUUGCUUGCAAGCGGAAUCGGGAAAAUGGACGGACUGUGUGGCUAUCGCGGCUGGCGCUGGGUGUUUAUCAUCGAGGGCGUGAUCACCUGCCUCGUUGCGAUGACCUGUUUCUUCAUCGUCCCAGGAUUUCCUGAGGACGCAAAGUGGCUCAGCGAGCAAGAGAGGCUGUUCAUACUUUCCAAGCUGGCGGACGAUGUGGGCAAAGCUGCCAGACACGCGCGCAUUGGAUGGCGCGAUGUUCUGGCUUUUUUCAAAGAUUGCAAGCAUGCUUUCUUCGCCAUGACGGAUAAUCGCUAA